AAUAAUUUAUCUAUAAUUAUAAUGAAAAUUAAUACCAACAACAGAAUUGAGUAUUGAAAACAAAAUAAAAAAAUUAAAAAAGAAAACAUUAUUAUAAACCACAAAAAUAUAGUUAUUUAACAUUAAAAGUCUACCUAAACAUUAUUAUUUCCGUUUAUUACUCUUAUUUAACUUUACGUUAAUUUAAUUUGUUUUAACAGUUUUUCCCACUCUAAACCACAAAUUUAUUAUUAAAUAAAAUAAAUCAAAUUCCACAAAACACAACUCUAACUAUUCAAAUAUUUCUCUCUCUCUCUCUAUCUAACUAUUUCCCCCCUCAUGCAAAAGCAGCACUUUGUCUUUAUAAGGUGUGUUAUAAUUAAUAAUUAAAACAAAACAAAAAAAAUUAAAAUUAAUCUAAAGUGAAACACAAAACGUGCAUAAACAAGAAAAAAUAGUAAGAAAAAAAAAGUAAACAAAAAUGAUUCUAGUUCUCUCGUCGUAAUGAACUAAUGCAUUUUUUUAAUUUAAAUUAAAUAAAAAAAGUAUAUUAAAAUAUAUUAAUCAUUAAUAAUAAAAGCAAAAAAACAUAUUUUUAUAUAUACAAUUAUCAAUUUUUACAUUAUAUUUUAGUUUUAGACAUUGUAAUUAUUGAUUUCAGAUAUUAUAAUAAAGAAUAAAACCAAGAAAUAAUAAAAAAAUCUACAUUUUUGUUCCUUUUCUUUACUUUAUACCUUUUUUUCUUUUGUUUAUUAUCGUUUUGUUUAUCUCUGUAAAAAACAAGAAUUCUAAGUGCUACAUUUAAUAUGCAUAAGCGCCAAAAUUGUUUAAUAUUUGUUUUUACAAAUUGGCCUUAGAAUGAGGUCUUCAUAAGGUUCCAGGACCUUUCGAAGCAAAUUUAUCGUGCAAACGACAACACUUCUGUUGAUAUAAUAGCUUAAACUAAACAAUUUUUAAUACGUCGGUUUUGCAUUUAGGACUAAGCCAAGAAAUUGGGAUACUCCUAUAUAAAUCCGUUGGUAGGAUUAUAAACCGUGAUAUUAAUCGGCAAGGUCUAUGCGGGAUAAGAAAGUGUUGAGCCUGUUGCUAAAUCUCGAUCUCAGUUCUAACAGAGCAACUCUUGUUUUUCAAUAAAAUUCAAUACAAAGUCUUUUUCAGAAACCAUAAAUCGUAACAGGUGUAGGGUAUCAUACGGUUGGCUACGCCCGACAAUACUUUCUUAGUUUAGUUUAAAAGGGUUGUAUAUUAAUGUAUACAUCCACUCGGAGACCCAAAGGUCAUUGUGGAUUCCUUUAAUAAAGAACAAGGAGAAAUCAAAAGAAGACAAGAGAAAAAAAUGAGAAGAGUGUGAUUUUCCCUACAAAAAGAGAACAGAGAAAGGAAGUGGUCAUGGAAGGGAAAUCCUUAAUUGUCUGUUAUCUGAAAAUCCAAAAAAUUCCCCUGAUGAAACCUAUAAUAUUGCCUAGGUUGCACCCUGCGACAUCUCCUAGUUCAUCGUGGAAUCCUUUACCUAGCCAUUUCAGUCUCAGACUCUGUAAUCUGCGACGGUGGCAUAAAAUAUGCCCUACUGUCUCCAGAUCCUCUUCGUCCGCACACAACCUGCAAAAAUCCUGUGUGUUACCGACCCCAUUACCUCUAAAGGCUCCAAUUGAGCAGUGUUCGGUUAUUACCCCUACUAAAAUCCUUAUACUCUUUCUGUCCAGUCCUAAUAGCAUUCUUGUUGCUUUUGGAUUUAAUUAGUAUAUAGUAAUGACAAAUCGGGGGUUUUACCGAACCGACCCUUCUAUCGAGCUCCAAAUCCGAACCCUGUCGGGCCAAUUCAUCUGCAAUCUCAUUAGUGUCCCGGUAUCCAACACAGGCUUAAUGUGUAUAACCUGACUUACACUUCCAGGUCCCUUUUGCAGCUGUUUACCAAGCUAGAAUGUAACGUUUUACACUGCAAAGCUGUAAGAGCUGCCUGACUAUUAACAUAAAUCGUCACUUCCGACCCCCUAGUAAUGUGUGUCUUAAUAAUAUACAUGGAUUUCCAUAUAGCCAGGAUUUCCGCUUGGUUCAAAGGAAAUUCUCGUCCUAUUUAUAUAGCAAGCUUGAAACCUUUGAACACUUUGCAACAAGAGUUUUUUUUGUGGUAAAAUUGAGCGUUUAAAUGGUCUUCACAAGGGUAUAAUUCUUUAAAGUAUUAUAUGGCCUCCUCAAGAGAUUAAACUGUAAUUAAAACUGUUAAGUUUUAACGGUCUCGACCAGGGUAAAAAAAAUUUCUUUCUGUGUAAAACAUAUGUUUCACAGCUGUGUUUGUUUUGGCCGUUGUCUUUUCCUUUUGAUAAGUAGUGAGUGGUGAAUGUGUAUUUGUUGUGUUUACAUUAGUAGUUUUUCUACUCUCUAUUAUUAAUACUACUUUUAUAAGUGAAAAUGUUAUUAAAUUGUAAAAAAUUAUUGAAUUAUAAAUGCUAUAGAAAUCUGGCGACUAUUUCCAAUAGAAACUUAUGUGUUUUGGGUAUAGAAACUUCAUGCGAUGACACCGGCAUUGCUGUUGUUCGCCAUGAAAAUGGUCAGAAUACAGUGUUGGCAAACGUCUUAAAUUCACAACAAAGUUUUCAUAUAAGAUAUGGCGGUAUAAUACCACCACGAGCACAAGAUCUUCACAGGUCAAAAAUUGCCAAUGUAUUUGAACGCUGCCUUAAAGAAUCAAAUCUUAAAGCUGAAGAUAUCGAUGCUAUUGCCGUUACAACUAGACCAGGUUUACCAUUAAGUCUACUAGUUGGUUUACGUUUUGCCCGUUAUGUAGCGCGUUUAUAUAAUAAACCUUUGAUACCGGUACAUCAUAUGAAAGCUCAUGCUUUACAAGCACGCAUGGAGUAUGAUAUACCAUAUCCUUUUCUAUGCCUUUUAAUAAGUGGUGGUCACAGUCAAUUGUGUUUUGUUAAAUCUGCGGAAGAGCUUCUGUUAUUAGGUGAAAGUUUAGAUGAUGCUCCUGGUGAAGCAUUUGAUAAAAUUGCUCGACGUUUACGGCUGUAUAUAAAUCCCAAAUAUACUAAAUGGAAUGGCGGUCAAAUUAUAGAAGAUGCUGCUAAAUAUGCCACAAAUCCUGAAGCAUUUGAAUUUCCUCUACCUUUGGCUCGUAUGCGUGAUUGUAAUUUCAGUUUUGCCGGUAUUAAGAAUAAUUCAUUUAGAGCGAUCAGGCGUCAGGAGUUGAAGGAAGCAUGUCCCCCAGAUUCGGUUAUAACAAAUUAUGCAGACUUUUGUGCGGGUCUUUUGAAUGCUAUAAGUCGUCACUUAAUGAAUCGUACUCAAAGAGCUUUAGAGUUUUGUAUAGAACGUAACUUUUUUGGCAGUGGGUCACGUUCGCUAGUAGUAUCUGGAGGUGUGGCCAACAAUGAUACAAUUUACCAUGAUAUUUCCCACUUAGCCGAGCAAUUCGAGUGCAAAACGUAUCGUCCCUCUAAACGGAAUUGUUCAGAUAAUGGUGUCAUGAUUGCUUGGAAUGGCAUAGAACAGGUUUUGAGAGACAAAAAUUGUCUUAGAUGGGAUUACAAUGACAUAGACAUACAAGGUAAAGCAGAACUAGGAAAGUCUUUAAUAAAUGAAGUCACAAACGCCAGUAUAAAAUGUAAAUGGAUACAUCAAAACAGAAGUUGAUAGCAAUUAAGUGUAGAAAUUAAAAAUCAAUAAAACAUUUGUAUAAUACGAA